GAUUAAAUAAAAUCAAAAGCCGUUGAUCUACUUCAUGCAAAUCUAAUCCACGGAUGUAAUAAAUUCAGAAAUCCACUUACUCAAUCCAAGUCAGUUAACUCGCGAGAGUACGAAGUCUAUCAUUCAGUAUCACCCAAAGCCGAAAGAUGGAGAAUGUUCAUAAACAUCAAUUGUCCGAUUGUGUAUUAUUUGAACACAGCAACAAAGAACUCCAUGGCUUGUUCUAUCCUAGCAAUGACAUUAGAAAUGUAGCUCACAUCUCCACCAUGCAGCAGUACAAGGAAUUGUACACGCUUUCCGUUGAAAAUCCGGAGAAAUUUUGGAGCGAGAUCGCAGAGCAAUUUUAUUGGCAAAAGUCGGCCGAGAAUUUUCUUUCUUUUAACUUUAACGUGGACAACGGACCUAUCUUUGUGAAGUGGAUGCAGGGAGCAAGAACUAACAUAUGCUACAACGUUCUCGACUGCAUUAUCCAAAAGAAAAAUGCGGAAAAUACCAUUGCGUUUUAUUGGGAAGGAAAUUAUCCAGGAGAUUGUAAACAAAUUACGUAUGGAGAGUUGCUUCGUGAGGUUUGCAAGUUCGCGAACGUUCUCAAAUCAGAAGGAGUGAAGAAGGGUGAUAGAGUUGCCAUUUACUUACCAAUGAUUCUUGAGUUGGUUAUAUCAAUGUUGGCUUGUGCAAGGAUUGGAGCAGUGCACUCCAUUGUGUUUGCCGGAUUCUCAUCAAAUUCAUUGGGAGAUCGCCUUGUGGACUGCAGUUGCUCAUUAUUGAUAACAGCAGAUGGGUAUUAUCGAGGAACAAAGUUGAUCGGUCUGAAAUCAAUUGCUGAUGAAGCCAUUGUGAGAAGUAAAAAAAUGGGGCAUUCUGUGCCUUUGUGUAUUGUUGUGCGGCAUUUGGGUACAACUGGAGAAAAUGGGGUCAUGGGUCGACCAGUUCCUGAACGACCCUCUAAUAUUCAGAUAAAUUGGAACAACAGCGUUGAUGUAUGGUGGCAUGAUGUUAUGUCUAAAGCACAAGAAAUAUGUGAUCCUGAAUGGAUGGAGGCUGAAGAUCCAUUGUUUAUGCUAUACACAAGCGGUUCGACUGGUAAGCCUAAAGGUGUUCUUCACACAACUGCUGGCUACAUGUUAUACACUGCUACGACCUUCAAGUACGACUUUGACUAUCAUGACAACGAGGUAUGUACAGCUGAUAUUGGUUGGAUUACUGGUCAUAGCUACAUUACAUAUGGGCCUCUUGCAAAUGGUGCUACGAGUGUUAUGUUCGAAGGUGUUCCAACGUAUCCAGAUGCCAGUAGAAUGUGGGCCAUCUGUGAAAAAUACAAAGUUUCAAAGUUUUAUACCGCUCCGACUGCUAUAAGGUCAUUGAUGAGAUUUGGGAAAGAGCCUGUUACAAAACAUGAUCUUAAAAGUUUGAAAGUUCUGGGUACCGUCGGUGAACCCAUCAACCCGGAAGCUUGGCUCUGGUAUCGUGACGUAGUCGGUGGUGGAUCGUGUUCUGUCGUAGACACAUACUGGCAGACUGAAACGGGCGGACACGUGAUCACUUCCCUUCCUGGAGCCACUCCCAUGAAGCCCGGCUCAGCUGCCUUUCCGUUCUUUGGUGUUGUGCCUGCUUUAGUUGACCAAGAUGGGAAAGAAGUUGAUGGUCCUGGUAAAGGUGUUUUGGUGUUUAAACAACCUUGGCCUGGAAUGAUGAGAACUGUAUAUGGCGAUCACGAUCGAUUUGAGAGUGUAUAUUUUAAGAAAUUUCCUGGUUAUUAUUACACAGGAGAUGAAUGCAAACGCGACGCUGAUGGAUAUUAUUGGAUAGUAGGGCGAGUAGAUGACUGCAUAAACGAGUCGGACAUUGAAAGUGAACGGAGCCCGGAGGCUGCCGUUGUUGGAUAUCAACAUUCCGUUAAAGGUGUCGGCAUUUAUUGUUUUACAACGUUGAUGGAGGGUUUUGAUUUUAGUGAUGAACUUGUAAAACAACUCAAGGAGAAAGUUCGUGAGAAUAUCGGAGCAAUAGCAACACCUGACGUCAUACAAUACGCCCCAGGCCUCCCGAAGACUCGCUCGGGUAAAAUUAUUCGACGAGUUUUACGUGAAUUGGCUCAAAAUAAUUCGUCCUUUGGCGAUCAAACGACCCUUGCUGAUCCAAGCGUCAUUGAUACUUUGAUUAAAUACAGACCCACCGUCAUUCCUGGCCAGUAAAGGUACACAUACGUACACAUAGGGGAUUGAUUGAUCUUAUGGGAUUAUAGGGGACACUAAUAUGAUAUUAUGAUAUGAUAUUAAGCACCAAACUUGCACCACAACAUAGACAAAACCAUAGAAUUCAAUUCGCGAUAUUCAACACACAUAUAUAUACAAUACAGAGAGCACUUCUCUAUAGUACAAAUUUUUUGAUGAUUUUGCGAGUUUGGAAAUACUCGCAUGAGAAAACAAUUUUCAAAAAGUAAUAUUCUAAUUGAAUGAAAAACAAACAAAUGUUAGUUUUCAAUUUUUUCAUUAUAAAUGUUCUUUUAAACUCCGAAAAAGAA